AUGCCACGUAAGCUACGUAAGAAUAUACGUAAGAGGAAGAGAGCAUUGAAACAUCCAAUAGUAAAACUGACACCACAACAACAGUUGCAACAACAAAUUAUGAAUGACCCCACUAUGUUGCAACAAAUGUCAAGCAACCCUAUGCUUUUAAACCGAGUUAUUGGUGCACAGAGUGGAGGUUUAAGAGCAGCACUUUUAGCGAAAAUGGCAGGCUAUGGUGGAGCUGCAGACGGAACAGCUUAUAACCCUCAAAGUCAAAUGAAUUUGAGUUCACUCAAAAAUCAAAUAACAGAUGUCAAAAAGUCAAACAUAGACAUACAGAAACAAAUAAGCGAAAACGAAAAGAAACUAGAAUAUGACAGACACACAAAGAAACUCAAUGAGUUAAACGUAGAGAAAAAGAAGAAAGAAGAACAACUGAAAGAACUAAGUACAGAGGAAUAUGCGAAAAAAGUGUCAGAAAAAGCAGCAGAAGUAGCAAAAAUGGAACAAGAUGUCAUAAAUUUGAAAAACCAUACUACUCAAUAUAAAGUACUGAAAGAUGAAGAAAUAAAACAAAAAGCCCUGAAGACAUAUAUGGAUAGCGAUGAGUAUAAAAAAGAAGUUGAAGCAAAUGUAAAGGCAGAAAAACUUUUACAGUUGCAAAACCAAACCGUACAGUAUGAAAACUUAGCACAAGAAAGUAAAAAUAACGACGCAGCCAUGCAAAAGGCAAUGAAAAGCGCAGAAUAUAUAAAAGCUAAUAAUGACUGGUUAGAUGCCCAAGCCAACGCUAAAGCAGCCCAACUCAUAGGGUCAAUAAGGACAAAAAUACAAGCGGAUGAAGACAGUUCAAAUGAAGCUUUAACAAAUGCUGACUUUAAGAACGCUUUCGAAGCUCUUCAUAGUAAGGUGAAACAAGUGAACGACUUCUCAUCUGGAAAGAAACUGAAGUCUGAAGGUUUCGACAAAGAGUUAAAAGAAGUAGCACAAAAUAUGACGAAAAUAACAGAUGCAGCAACGAGACAGGCAGUUCAAAGUGCCUAUGACGCCGUUAGAGCAACUGUUGUGAAAAGUCAAGAAAAAGAGUUACAACAGACCAAAACAGACCUAGUAAAUGCUUUCUUAAAAACGAAAAGUCAGGUAGGACAUUACGCUGCAGAUGGAACAUAUGUGCCAGCUGGUGGAACUUAUAUACCACCAAACCCUCCAAGAGAAGCACCUGCACCAGGACUACCUAGAACAUUUACAUCGUCACAUGGACACAGACACAGGCAUGCACAACAACCAGCACAACAACCACCUCCACAACCAGCACAACAACCAACACAACAACCAGCACAGCAACCAACAGUUCAAAACCCUGCACAACAACAACCACAAACAGAGCAAGGACAUAAAAGAAGUAGAGAACAAGGAAACCAAGAAUUCUUAAAAAUGCUUAAAGAAGAGUGUGGUUUCCCAGAUACUGUUGACUUUAGUGACAGAUAUAAAGAAGCUAUUGGAAAGUUCAAGGAUGGAAAUACUGACCCGAACCUAUUUAGCUUUAUGGCUCAGCACCAAAACGGAUAUAAUCUCAAACCUGGAAAAUACAAGCUCGCUAAGGGAUAUGAUUUAAUAGCAUAUCAUCCAAAUGACAUGGAUGAAUUUACUCCGAGAUAUUUGAUGUCAGAGCUAAAUGACAAUUCAACUUUCGUCAUGAAACGCGUAAAAAAUAGAGA